UAUAUAUAUAUACAUGUAUGUUCUGCUCCCUCCGAUUCCAAGCCGUGUGCGCAUUCAAAACCUCUUGCUGCUAUCUUCUGUCAAAGUCAAAGCCCUAAAUUUCUGUACUUGGUUUCAUGGAUCCUCAGCCGGAACCAGUCACUUACAUCUGUGGAGAUUGUGGGAUGGAGAACACUCUGAAGCCAGGUGAUGUAAUACAGUGCCGAGAGUGCGGUUACCGUAUCUUGUACAAGAAGCGCACUCGUCGUAUUGUUCAGUAUGAGGCACGCUGAGGAAGAAAAUUGGAGGAGCAUGGGUAUGCAAAUUGGCUUUGAACUGUAAUUUUGAAAGCGUGUCCUUUGUUGUUUGGUUUUCUAUAUAGUCUGUAUGUAAGAAGAGAAAAUUAAUGUGUUUGUUUCAGGCUUUACUGCUUGUGUGUUUGGAAAUCUAACCUUGAUAUUUGAGACAUUUAUUCAAAAUGAUUAUGGAUUUAUAA